GGGGAGAGAGGGAGGCAAAGUUAGUGGCGCCGCGGGAUCUCUGCCAGAUAACACGAACUUCCUUUAAUUUCUGGAGACAUGGAUGUCAUUAUAAAUGCGGCACGGCACACCUCAAACUCAUGAACACGCUGGUCACUUCUCCAUAACUUCGUGAAGACCGUUACAUAACGCGCCAGCAGAGAUGAGAGACAUCAUAGGAAUGGCGAUGGCGCUCGUUGUUCUUGGGGUUCGCGGGGAAAUCAUCAAUAACAGCUAUUGUGUGGAUGGAAAAUGCUUCGUCGUCCACGUAGACAGUGCGAGUUUUGACGCUGCCCAGCUCGUCUGUCAAGAGAAAGGAGGACAUCUGAUGACCGUACGCACCGAAAAAGCGGCCAAUGUUCUCGGUGGGUUGUUAAACGGCACUUCAGGAGACUUUUGGCUUGGGCUGAAAAACGCCGGCGACCAGUGUUCAAACUCAAACGAUGGGUUAAAGGGAUACAGAUGGGUCACUGGAGACAACAAAACCCAAUACGUCAACUGGAAAAGCGACUUGACGGUUUGUUCUCCACUAUGUGUUUCGGUAUCACAAAAAGUUCCCAAAUGGAUCGAAAGACCUUGCAAUAACAGAACCGAGGGUUAUUUGUGCGAAUACGAUAACUCCGAUUACUGUGCGGCACUUAGCGUCGAUGCACCAGUCUUGUACGAAACUCCUUUUGGAUUUAAGGCAAACGAACAACUCAAAGAGAUUCCUCAAUACACCAACGGGACAUUGCUGCCGCUGAGAACGAGACACAUUUGCGUCGAAGGCAAGUGGCUUAAAGCACCUUGGAAUUGUGAAGUUUUGGGUGGUGGAUGCGAUUAUAAGUGCAUUCAGAAAGGGAAAAACAACACCUGCAUCUGUCAACCCGGGUUCGAACUCGACAACAACGAAGUCGCUUGCAACAAACAGAACCAUGACCCUUGCGCUGAGUGUAAACACAAUUGCACGCGAGUCGGCGAUGCAUUCGCGUGCACGUGUUUCUCGGGGUUUCAAUUAGGUGCAGAUGGCAAGUCUUGCGAAAAAUGCAAACCCGGUUUUCGCAUUGAAGGUGGCGUUUGCGUUGAUGAGGACGAAUGCCAGUCUGCACCGUGCGAGCACGAAUGCAUCAACACUGAAGGUAGCUAUCACUGUCGAUGCUUUGAGGGGUUUAUUCAGUCGGUGAAGGACAUGCUCAAAUGUCAAAUGCACUGUGAGAAAAACAUGUGCCCAGCUGACUGUGAUCCCAACAACAACGCCCAGUGCAACUGCCCCGAUGGUUUCCUACUUGAAGGGCAAUUUUGCCUUGACAUAGAUGAAUGCGACAGUGGUUACUGUGACCAUGCCCAUGCAUGUGAAAAUACACCUGGAGGAUAUAAAUGUUCUUGCGAUGAAGGAUACGUGCUUCAAGACAGCACUAAUAAAUGUAUUAGGGAAGACUUUGAGGGUUCAGGCAGCUCAACGCCUUUUGAUAUUUUUAUUCCUACGAGUAGAUCUCCAACCGACAAGCCAGUGUCCAUCUCAGCUGGCAGUCUUUUGGGAAUAAUGGUUUGCAUUGUCGUUUGUAUUCUUUUACUGGUCUGCCUCGUUCACUGCAUAAUGAAACGGCUUAGUAAAAUGCACCAUUACGAUGUGGACAAAGGCCACGAUGAAAUCUUCGAUUUUCAACAGGUGAUCAUUGAAAAACACUGUGCACAACAGACAUUCCCAAGCAGAUAUAUAAAAAGAGACACUUAAAGUCGGACGCCAUGUGAACUUAAAUGUAAAUACUAAAUAUAUUUGAUUUUAUAUGUAAACAUAAAUAUAUUAGGCUUAGACGAUGUAAGAAAAACUGAAACUUACCUUGCACAUGUUUGAAGUCAUGAAUGUCAGUAUUGUUGAAUGUUGUUGUUGUUUUUGAAGAGAAUAAAUGUUAUAUUUUAAUAUAA